UGUACAUGUACCACCUGUCGUUGCGCCACCCCGUAUAAGUCUCGCCCGUGACGCCCAUCCUCCUCCGCCAGGCUCUUGCCACCACUCACUCGCUCUUACACCCCACCCUCAACUCCACCACCCAGCAUGAACCUCCUCAGCCUCGCCCUCCUGGCCACCACAGCAGUACUCGCUGCACCUGCCCCCGCCCCCGCCCCCGCCGCAGCCCAAACCGACUCCACUGCCGUCCAAACAGGCACAUUCUACCUCUCCUGGCGGAACGACGCGAACGGCGGCCCGAUCGGCACGGGCGCGCAGUUCGGACCAGGCAUGUACAACUACACCAAGAUCACGGACGGGACGGGCAUCUACCCCGGCAUCUCGGCGCCCAAGUUCUUCUACGAGACCCACGCCAACACGUCCGGCACGGCGACCGAGGUCACGCUGUACGACUACGGCCUUCCGCGCCCCGCGGUGGGGUGGAACGUGCACUGUGUCGACGCUGGGAGUCGGGGGUUGGGCCCGGGGAACGGCGCGCGCCUCUCCCUCCAGCCAUGCACUGGUGCCGCGGGACAGAAGUGGCUGAUCAAGUAUCCCGGCACGCUGGCCGACAACGGGGCCGCGACGGGCAAGGUGCAGCUUGCGAACACUAACCUUUGCUGGGAUGUCACGGACGGCGAUCGGACCAAGGGGAUGCAGGUCUGGACAUGCUACCCCGAUAACCCGAACCAGAAGAUCGGCAUCUUCUACACUGCGUUCAAGUGGUAGUAGGGCGUCGCAUGCAGUCACAGCCAUGGACGCGGCGGACAAUAUUGUAACGGACAUUAUGGACAAUGUGAUGCGAGCAGAACUCGGCC